AUGAAAAUGCAUUCUGAAAAAUCAGGCAUAUUCUGCGGACAGACUGCAGUCGAUCAGGUUUCUGUUCUGGAUUUGAAGAAACUAUUGUUCCUUUGAGCAGUUUUACUGACCUUAGUUCAGUUCAUAGUGUAGAAAUCAAACAGAAUUAAUUUCAUCAGUAUUUUUUAUCGAUCAGGCCACAGCUCCAGCAAUGCAUCACUUUAUGUCUUUACUGUUAGUCGUUAUUGGGCUCCAUAUGAGCAUUCAGUCAUAUGUAAUGCAUUCUGAUCCAGACAUCAACAGAAAAAACAGAUGGUGGCUGAAAGUGUACUAUACAACGAACUGGGGAUCGUGGGGGGUUAAAGACAUCUGUCCAAAUGGAACGUAUGCUGCAGGGUUCAGUCUAAAGGUGGAACAGCUUUCCCAAGGCUUUUGGGAUGACAACACUGCACUGAAUGGGAUUCGCCUUCACUGCAUCGAUCCGUCCAAAGGCUUGUCAAGCUCAUAUGAGAACUACGCCACAGUUGAGUCAGAAGUAGGAAGCUGGGGUAAGUGGACAGAAAUCAAAUGGUGUCCUUCUGGAUUACUGACAGCUUUUCAGCUGAGAGUCGAAUCUUCCCAAGGAAUUGAAGACGACACGGCCGUCAACAACAUCAGAUUCAGAUGCAGUCGAGGGUCUUUGCUGGAGGGUGAUGGCACAGCCUGGGGCGAGUGGGGAUAUAUGAGCACAACAUGUAAAGGAAAAGCGAUUUGUGGCAUCCAGACACAGGUGGAAGAGCCACAGGGAAUGAGAGACGACACCGCUCUCAAUGAUGCCUGGAUGUUAUGCUGCGAUUAAGGUGUAAGAGGACGACAGCAAAGAACAGCUAAAAGAUCAGAUGGAUUGUAAUAACUGAUCGAAUGCAAUGAUGAGCUAACAAAGCUGUGGUAUGACACUGUGAAAAUGCAUAUUCAACUGGUCAUUAUCACAAAACUAAAUAAAAUCUUGUAGUCUCAUAUCCUUUAUCAAAACAUUUUACAUCAGAUGUUUGAUUGCAUUAGUGCAUGUGGCAUACGGUUCGACCUAAAGUGACUUACACUGCAUUCAAAGUCUUAUCCAUUAAUGCUUUUCUUGGAAAUGAACAGUGAACUCUACAGGAACACUCAUGAACUCUCAUCUUUCUUUUAUAGUUUGAUAAGAACAUGAAUGAAUAUCAAAACGUAGGCUAUUUUAUAAGAUAGCCCAGUACAACUCAAAUGUCUCAUGUAAUUGCUUAUUCAGUGCAAUGUAACAAAACAUUUACCAUAAAUAUUUUUACUG